AUGGAAACCGACAUGAAGAAAGAUACGGUGGCUCUGGGCAGAGUUGAGUCCCAGACCGAGCCCGUCGCUGGCGACGACUUCCGGCUUGCCCAACUCGGUCAUACGCAGGAGUUGAAACGGCAAUUCUCUUUACCUGCUUUGGGCGCCUUGUGCGUCUGUCUUAUGGCAACCUGGGAGGCUCUUUCAACUGUGGUUGCACCGGCUCUUGUUGGCGGCGGCGCACCUUGCCUAUUUUACAACCUUAUUCUUUCAACAAUAUGUACAAUCUGUAUUGCUUCAUCUUUGGGUGAAAUCGCUUCCAUAUACCCUACCGCCGGAGGUCAAUAUCACUGGGUUGCGGCUUUGUGCCCCUCCCCGACCCGCUCCGCAGCCGCUUUUAUAACUGGUUGGAUAUCCGUAGGAGGACAAGUUGUGCUCACUUCGUCUGCCGCGUUUGCAGCCGGUCUUCAGAUCCAGUCGCUAAUCAUCCUAAACGAUGAUUUUUAUGUACCAGCAAGAUGGCAGGGCAUGCUAUUUUACUGGGCGAUGUUGGUUUACGGAAUGACUAUGAACAUUUGGGGUCAUAGACUUCUACCUACCGCCAACCUUGUGUCUGGUGUGUUACAUGGCACCGGCUUCGUAGUCAUCCUUGUCAUACUCGGCGUUAUGGCUCCAAAGAACAGCGCCUCCUUUGUCUUUACAGAGUUUGUCAACUCGAGUGGGUGGGAGAGCGAUGGCGUAUCCUGGCUGGUUGGCCUGAUCAGUGCAGUUUACCCCUUCCUUGGUUAUGACGCAGCAUGCCACUUGGCCGAAGAGCUACCAAACGCAAGUCGAGAUGUGCCCAUAGCCAUGGUAGGCAGUGUGAUUGUCAACGGAAUAAUGGGCCUCAUCUACGGCACUGUAUUGCUUUUCUCAACGGGUCCCCUGGAAACCCUUCUGACUACACCCACCGGAUACCCGUUCAUGCAGAUCUUCCUCGACGUCGCAAAGUCUCGAGCCGGCGCGACCGUCAUGUCCCUCAUCAUUAUCCUCACCGCGAUCGCCGCGACGGUCGCCGGCAUCACGUCAACGUCGCGGACGCUAUGGGCAUUCGCUCGCGACAGGGCUACCCCAUAUGACGAGCACCUAAGCAAGGUCAACAAGCAACAUCAAAUCCCGGUAUACUCUGUUGUGCUCGUGACUGUCCUACAGAUGCUUCUGGGUUUCAUCUAUCUCGGCAAUACAACGGCAUUCAACGCCAUUCUAUCAAUGGCAAUCAUCGGAAUGUACUCGAGCUACAUCAUUCCCAUCGUGUACAUGGUAUCUUACGGUCGAAAGAAGCUCGGUGCGUCAGACUAUGGUCCUUUCAAGCUGGGACCCGUCUUGGGCCCCGUCUUGAAUGUCAUUAGCCUGAUCUGGAUGGCGGUGGUCGUAGUCUUCAGCACCUUCCCUUCGGCGAUGCCGGUUACACCGCAAAACAUGAACUAUUCCAUUGUCGUAAUGACUGGCUGGUUAGUAUUUGGCAUCGCAUAUUAUGUUUCGUUUGGGCGGAAUAAAUUCCAGGUGCCGGUGGUGGAUAACAACGUUGUUACUGGAAUCUCCGUUCAUGCGGAUAUAGACCAUUGA